AUGUUGAUGCCAUCUCAGUCACCACCAUCGACGACCACUAUUCAAACAUUACCUUCAGAUCAACAACAGCAACAAGAAUACGUCGAUAAAUUAAACAGCCAAACGAACAGUACAGUUAUAAAAUUUCGACGAGAAAAAUCAAUGGAAUUUGAUGAUGAUACAAGAUUUAUUAGUAAUAUCAAUGAUGAUAUCAAUAAUAAUCAUUCAGUAUUUGAAUCAACAGAUGAUAUGAUAAAAUUAGAAUCAAAUGAUACAUCAUCAGUGUCAAGUACAAGUGAAGAUUCACAACUAAUAAUACAAACUCCAUCACCACCACCACCACCACCAAUAUUAUCAAGUCCAAGUAAAAAAACAUUUAUUUCAUUUACACAAAAACAUAUAGAGAUAUUCUUAUUUUUAGCAUUUAGUAAUCUAUCAAAACAAACAACAAAGAUUUCUUCCAAUCGUCGAUCUGUUCGAUCAUCAUCUAAUCGUCGAUUAGUUGGUGAAAAUGAACAAACUACAUUGACAAAUAUCAAUGAACCUGAUCCAAAUGUAUUUCUAAUAUCAUCUGAUACAAAUUCUCAUAAUACAAUACGAAAAACAAAACAUGAUGUUAAACGUUUUGUUAUGUAUAUAGAUGAACAAUUUGAAGAACAAAAACCUUUACAUACAAUAUCAGCUGAAUCCUUAUGUCGAUAUUUAAAACAUUAUUUUGAAAAUACAAAAAAAUUUGAUGGUACACAAUAUGAACCAGAUACAUUAAGAAGUUUUUUAUUGAGUAUUGAACGUUAUUUAAAAAGUAAAAAAUAUGAUUAUAAUUUAAUGGAAUCACCAUUAUUUCAAUCAUGUCGACAAGUUAUUAUGAAUAAACGUGAACAAUGGAAAAAAAUGGGUGGUGGAAAUCAUUUAAAUAAUCAUCAUCAUUCAAAAUCAUCAUUUAUGUUAUCAAAUAUUAAAAAUUUAACUAUAUUUGAUAGAACUAAACCUGAUGGUUUAUUACUUGAAAUGUAUGUUCAUAUAACAAAACUUUAUCAAGAUAAAAUUUUAUCAAUAUCACAAUUACUUUGGAGUGAUAUUGAAUUAAUUGAUGAACAAUAUCUUGUACGUCGUCAACAAAAACCAGAAAAUCAAACCAUAAGACUUUAUGCAAUACCAAGUCAACCAUCAAUAUGUCCAGUACAAGCUUAUCGUCUUUAUGCAACACAUCGACCACCACAAUGCAAUACACCUCAAUCACCUUUUUUUCUUAUGCCACGUGCUUCUAAUACUCAUCAUAUUUGGUAUAAAACAACAACAGCUGCUAAAAAUCUUGAACAAAUACUUCAAAAUGCUAUUCAAUGUAGUAUUCUUUCAAAACAAUCAUCACCAUCAUCUUCAAUAACAAAUUUUAAAACUAUUGAACGUUCAUUACCAUCGACUGUUAAUGAAUCAUUAUCUCCAAUAUCAAUACUAAAUGGAAAACGAACUGAAUCACGAAUGUCAUCACCUGGUUUAUUACCAUCAUCAAAGCGAAUACAUUCAUCAACAUCUUUAGUACAACCAUUGAAUCUCGUUAUUUCAACAAAUAAUAUAUCUAUGGAAGAUGAUAGUGGUACAGCUUCAUCAUCUCCAACAAAUUCAUUAUCAAACGAUGUUACACCUACAUCUAUAUUAAAUAAAAAUUCAUCAUCAAUAACUAAUAUAUUUCAUAAACAAUCAUCACCAUCAAUAACUAAUCCGAUUUGGGAUGAAAGUGUUACUGAUAUAUUAUUGACUGUAGCAAAACAACGUGAUACACGUGUCGUUAAAAUAAAUAUUCUUCGAACAUAUCUAGAAGAAAAAUUAGGUGUAGUAGAAUUUUUAUGUCUUUAUCGUGGAUUUAAAUCGGAACCAAAAUUAACAUUUCAUGGAACCCCAUGGGAACAUUAUCAACGUUUUUUACCUGUUCUUUUUACGCUUCUCACACUUGACAAUACGACUGUUUAA